AAAGGACGAACGAAGGAGGAAUUCGGAGGAGCAGGACCAGCGCCACUGCAGCGUGCUGAUGUUGACGAAACACCUCCAUUGGGACGCAUAAAGCAAUUAGCAAAGGUUCAAACCCCCCACUCACACACACACACGUACGCACUGCCAGUGAAAAAGGACGAAAGCUAGAGGGGAAAGGUAACGGUAAAGUGCAGGAUGCGUGGGAUUCCCCUUGGCUCUGUGGAGUAUUUAGCCUAAUCGAGUGAUGCCGAGCACAAAAAUGCAGAAGCCCGCCUCCGUCGCCCCAACCGGAAAUCACUACCACGCCAUUGAGAACGGCCUGCCGCCUUGCAGAUGCCAGCGAUGUGCGAGAUAACGGGACACUGGACUAUCGGGCAUCCAAAGCAACCAAGGAAGGACAGGCAGAAGCUGAAACAGAAUCAGAACCAGGAUCAGGAGCAGAAUCAGAAGCAGAACAAGGAAAAGCAAAAGCUAAAACAAAAGAAAGCAAACGAAACGAGAAAUCGAACUCUCCCUGUGAUAUAACUUGCACCGUAAUCGUAAUCUAGCUCUUAGUUAUCGUUAUCGAUUAAUAAUCGUUAAUCGUUAAUCGCCGCAAUUUUAAGCUAAGUACCGCACUGCUAAAACACCAAAAAAACGAUACAAUACACCGCCCCUCCGCCUUUGGAACACCAUUCGCUGCCGCUCUGCUCCGCCGCCACCGCCGCCAGACCUGCGCCAAACUAUAAUACAAUAUAUAUACUAGAUAUAUAGUCCGACCAACAAAAUCGAGUAAUUAUUUAAAUUAAUUAAAAAUGGGAGACGAACACGAGAAACGAACGGGAAAGGAGAAGCUGCUGUUCUAUACCACCGCCUUCUUCAUCCUGCUGGGGACGUUCAGCAUGUUUGCGUUUCUCUUCCUGGUGCCCUUUGUCAUUGAACCUGCCUUCACGACGAUCUUCAUGCAGUUCGAGGAGGUCCCGGCCCUCUGUGAGACCUACGACACAGAGAUCUACUACGGGGCCAAGAACUGCUCGUGGUCGUCCUGCCGCGAGGGCUGCACCAAGGACAUCUACACGUGCACCCAGAUCCGGGUCAACUAUCGCCUCAAUCUGUACAACUUCACGGAUGAGUUCAACUUCACCGAGUACCACAUCAAUCUGAAGGAAGCGGAACGCGAGCUGCCGCCCGUGAAGCGAACAGACCGGUACGAGAGAGCUCUCCGUAGCGACUACGAGUACGAUAAUCUGGGUGGCGGCAUCGGUGGUGCCGGGAUUGAUAUCGAUCUCGGUGGCGGGCACCUGGAGCAGCUGAACUUCGGGGAUGCCGAUGGGUCCAAUGGCUACCUCAUUGAGGACUCUGAGGACACCAGAGGACUCAGUGCCUCGGGCACUCUCAUUCCGGAUGAGCGACAGCCCUUCGACGAGAUCUCCGAGCUCAACGAAGGCCUCAUGGGCAACCGCUCGAGGUACUACUACGUGGGGGCCAGGCUCUUCCCAAACGUUAAGGGUUGCGGCUACCCGCCCAUGCUCAACUGCACCAUUUGGCUGAAGCGGUACACAAAGAUCGGGAUCAAGUUUCCCUGCUACUACUCCAAGGUUGACCCCAGUCUGGUCAUCAGCGACCUGGACUACUGGCAGAACACCCUCAAUUUGGUCUACUCGAUGGCCAUACCCAUUCCGUCGUUCAUCAUCUCGGUGAUCUACCUGACGUACGCCUACUUUAAGAUCUACAAUGAGGACGAGGAGACGGCGCCACUGGACAAGAACGCCGAGGACAUGGACAUCGACGACAUAGAUGCCGUGGACGACAGCGAUGGUGCCGUGCUGGCGGACAACGUUGCCGGCAGUCAAAUAAUUAACAUGGACUCGACCACCAACGACAGUUGUCUGGACGGUGUCCUGCCCAAUGGUGGUCCUGGGAUGACCGCCUCUAUAUCGCAGGUUGGCUCCGUUACCACGCCGGGCAAUUACAUAGCCCAGAGCCCGGCGGGAUCGCAGAUGACACCAAAUUCCGAGAUGAACUCGUUUGGGCAUCAGUUGAAAGUCCAGAUGGCCGACGAGUUGUCCAGGGAUUCGUUGGAGAAUGGGGUUAUCUCAACGUCGAAUUCAGUUCAAGGAAACUUGAGCAAGACGAUGACGACGAGUAUCUCAACUCCUCCUGGGCCGACAGCGGCAGUCUGAAACGUCAGGCGCAUGGUCUGGAGAAUGUUAGAUUCCGAUUCGGAAAAUGAGCCGCUGUUGGAUACGUAGACCGCCGAGCGGAGAACGGAUCACGGAGCAGGUGGAGCAAUCAAACAAAACCAAAAAAAAAAAACCAACCAGAGACCCCAAGUAUUUCUAUCCAAAACAAUCGUCAACAACAACAACAACA